AUGGUACAACUUAUUUUGAGGCUAGGGCUGCUGGCGCUGGUUUUCGAGGCGCGCGGUGCGGCGGCCGGCCUGCUCAGCAAGGCUACGCGCUCCAAGGCGGAUGACAACAGCCUGAGGAACAGCGUGUUCGACUUCAUCAUAGUGGGCGGCGGCACAGCCGGCUGUGUGCUCGCCAACAGGCUCUCCGCCGUACCUGACUGGAAGGUGUUACUGUUGGAGGCUGGCGAUGAUGAGAACAUAGAUUACGACAUACCCGGCGUGCCCACACGGGACUACCGGCCCAUUGUGUGGAACUACCGCACGGAGCGCAACGGAUACUCGUGCCUGUCACGGCCCGGUGGCGCCUGCGAGGUGCGCACCGGCAAGGUGCUAGGCGGCUCCAGCGUCACCAACGAUAUGAAGUACACGCGCGGCCAUCGGCGCGACUAUGACGCCUGGCACAGCGCCGGCCACGUCGCCUCCCUCGACUGGCAGUUCGACAAUUUACUCGAGCACUUCAAGUCUUUUGAAGACAAUGGCGACUACGACGUAUUAAUGAAUUCCUUGUACCAUUCCCGCGGCGGCGACGUACGCGUACAGAGGUUCAAGCACGCCGAUCGGUUCGUGGAAAUGUUCUCCAACGCUUUUGCCGAAAUGGGCCUGCGCACCAUGGACAUAAACACGAACAUAGCGGAAGCCACCGUGGUCAACCAAUUCACAAUAUACAAUAACACCAGGCUGAGCACUAACAGCGCCUUUCUUAAACCAGUGCGGCACAGGAAGAAUUUGGUAGUAAUGACUGGCGUGACCGUUACUAGAAUUGUCAUAAACAAGCAAGAAAAGAACGUCGAGGGCGUCAUUUAUGAAAGCGAGAAGGGAAAAGAACAUCCCGCUUACGCCAAGCGCGAAGUAAUACUUGCAGGGGGCGCUAUCAAUAAUGUGCGACUCUUACAUCUAUCUGGUAUCGGUCCCAAGCCCGAACUAAAGAAACACAACAUAACAGUUAUACAAGAUCUCCCCGUGGGAGCAUUCUAUCAGGACCAAGUAACCACCGGAGGGCUCGCUUUUGCCCUAAAUGAUGUUCCUCCAGUAGACGAAAACACUAUCAUUAAUGACUUCAAGACAUGGUUCCACUCUCGCAGCGGGCCACUUGCGUCGCGAGGCAUAAACCAGCUGUCGGCAUUCUUACAACUAUAUGAGAACAACAACAACGCACCCGACGUCGAAAUAUCAUUCGAAGGUAACUUUGUAAGAAGUGACAAAUUCCUGCUCACUAAUAUCAGUGUUCAUACAGCGGAGGAAUUCUCAAUGCCGUUACCUUAUUACAACCUAAUAUCUAUUUACCCCGUUUUACUGAAACCCAAAAGUAAAGGUAAAGUAAUGUUGAAUAAAAGAAAUCCCAAAUAUGGAAGGCCAAUCAUUCAAGCCAACUUUUUAAAGGAAUCUGAAGACUUGGACACUCUGAUCGACAGCAUAGACAUUGCUCUACAACUGCUAGAUACGAGGGAGUUAAAAAAAGCCGACAUUAAAUUUGCUCCUAUAGAUUUGUUCCCGUGCGAUAAAUUACGGAACAGAGAUCAGUGGAACUGUAUAGCGAGGCAUUAUACUAAGGCUAUGAGCAAUCCUAUCGGUACCUGUCGUAUGGGGGACAACAGUACAGACUCGGUCGUCGACUAUCAUCUAAAGAUGCACGGUAUUGAAGGCUUACGAAUUAUCGACGCAUCCGUGAUGCCGACUCAUGUCCGUGGCGGUAUCUACAUACCGACGAUCAUGAUUGCCGAGAAAGGAGCUAAGCUAAUAAAGAGAGAUUGGAGAGAGAACAAAGGACAAUAUAAUAGCAGAAGAUGA